AGUGUUAAUAUUUCUGAUCAUACUGCUAUUCCUGGUUGCUCAGAGAAAGCCCCACAGAUAUCCACCAGGGCCGUUGAGAUGGCCCGUAAUAGGGAACCUCCCCAGCGUGAUCGGGGCCAAGAUGCAGGCCAAAGACUUCAUGAAGUUAUCUCAGAAGCACGGGUCAGUAUUCUCACUCCGGCUGGGGGUGUUGGACAUGGUGAUUAUAAACGGCUAUGAUGCCAUUCACGAGGCUUUCUCCGAAAAGGCCGAGCUAUUCACCGGCAGGCCUCACGAUCUGAUUUAUAUCAUUCAGAAAGGUAUAGGAAAGAAAGGGUUAAUCAUGAACGAAGGCCCCUCCUGGCACGAGCUGCGUAAAAUGAUAGCCGUAGCCUUUCGUGAUUUCGGAGUGGGAAAGAAGACGCUGGAGGAACGCAUACUGGACGAGUGCCAGGCCCUCUUUGAAAUUCCAGUACACAGACAAGCAGUUUGUAAAACUGUUGGACUCACUGGCGAGGUUUUUUCGGACCAGUGCUCUCGCGCUUCCAGAAAACGCGUUUCCAUUUUUGAGAUUCAUCCGAACGUCAUCACAGACAGAAGACAUGAUAGGCAUCCAAAACGACUUGAGAGAUUUUGUCAGACAGCAGGUGGAGAAGCACAAGGAGACCUUUGACCCCGACAACAUCCGGGACAUAGUAGAUCUGUA